GGACAACAAAGAUGGCAGGAGGAAGCAGCAACUACUGGGAAGAUUUGCGGAAGCAGGCCCGACAGCUGGAGAAUGAGCUGGAUCUGAAGUUGGUGUCUUUCAGUAAACUGUGUACCAGCUACAGCAGUUCUAGAGAUGGCCGUAGAGGCGACAGCAGUUCUGAUACUACUCCCCUCCUCAACAACUCGACUCAGGACAGAAUGUUUGAGACCAUGUCUGUGGAGAUUGAACAGCUGCUAGCCAAACUCACAGGGGUGAAUGACAAGAUGGCCGAGUACACGAGCACGCCGGCGGUGACGUCCCUCAACGCAGCCCUGAUGCACACCCUUCAGAGACACCGAGACAUCCUGCAGGAUUACACUCACGAAUUCCACAAAACCAAAGCCAACUUCCUUGCCAUCCGGGAGAGGGAAGACCUGCUGGGGUCUGUCCGGAAAGACAUUGAGACAUACAAGAGUGGCUCAGGAGUGAACAACAGAAGAACAGAACUCUUUCUGAAGGAGCACGAACACCUGAGAAAUUCAGACCGGCUGAUGGAUGAUACAAUAAGUAUUGCUAUGGCGACCAAGGAGAACAUGACAUCCCAGAGAGGGCUGUUGAAGUCCAUACAGAGCAGGGUCAACACCCUGGCCAAUCGUUUCCCAGCCAUUAACAACCUCAUCCAGCGAAUCAACCUGCGGAAGAGGCGGGACUCUCUGAUUCUGGGUGGAGUGAUCGGAAUUUGUACCGUCCUUCUGCUGCUCUACGCCUUCCACUGAUGACUGACAGCCUGGCUGACCAAGUGUUCCACUGCGUUGGUGGCAUGGGAAUCUGAACUCUGAAGAACGGGCUAAAGUGAUUGGAGGCUGCUGAGCAGACAGAUGAACAGACACCUGCUUUGUCCAGUUGGAUAAGUGAAUUGAUGGAGGCCAGCAGGGAAUACCUAAUUUGUAUUUAGCAGUGGGAGGGGAGGAGGAGGAGGAGGUGCGAUGUUUGGGUGGAUGAGAUGAGAAAGAGAAGUAUCUUUUCCUUUUAGUUUUUUCUUCCUUUUUUUCCUAAGUAAUGUUCUGUUCAACUACAGCUCUGGUUAAGGGAAUGGAGACCAAAUGUACUAAUAGGAUUCUGUAUAUAUAACACUUCCUUCCGAGAAGAUCUGGAAAGCUCUGAAGACGGCGGACACUGAAUAGAGACUGUUUGUUGUCCGUGUUGUUUAUUUCUGAGUUUGAAGGAUUUUUAGUUGAAUGGUCCUUUUUUAGUUACAGGGGAUUUGGAGGUUCAUCCUCAUUAUGGGCUGUACAAUGUGCAUUAUUAAUAAAUUAUUCAUAUACAUUAUGUACAUGUACAAGGUGUGUGAUACUAGGCACUAAAUGUUUUGUUUUUAAUAUGCCUUAUUUGACCUUUGACUUGUUGAGCAGUGGUUGCCGUUGAAGACCAAUGACAUUGUCCUGAUUGGAUGACUUCACUGGCGUUGUACUUCUUAUAACAGUGGCCACAUACAGGCUUGUUGUCAAACCAAAUCUAUGACAGUCUUUCACUUCUUUCCACCUACAUCCUAUAGAUCCUCAGUUGGCCUGCAUUUGUCAAUUAUUGGGGGUGGUGCAUAUGAAAUUGUUUUUCAAUA